AUGGGAGGAUGGAAUAUGCCCAUGUGGUGCCACUUGUUCAUUCAAACCUUUACUGGAGCUGCCCAUGCAUGGUUUGACAGCCUCCCCCCGGGAAAAAUCAAGUCAUGGGUUGAUUUCAGGACACAAUUCGUCAACCAUUUCAGCCAACAAAGGCGUUACCAGCGUGAUACAACUGAGGUAAUGGAUAUUUGCCGCAGAGAAAAUGAAGGUUUGGAAGAUUUCAUCACUCGCUAUAACAAGGAGUGUCUGGAGAUUGGUAGCGUGAGUGAACAGCUUAUAUGCGCUGCCUUCAAGAAAGCAAUUCGCUGUGAUAGCCUCAUCAGGACUAUCACCGGAAAGGAUGGGAUGCCCAAGGAGUAG